AAAAAGCCUGCCACCAAUGAAACCACCAAAACUUCUACUACUACAACAAAUCCUAUGAAGGAACUUCGAAUUGAAAAAUUAGUUUUAAACAUCUGUGUUGGCGAAUCUGGAGAUAGAUUAACACGUGCUUCAAAAGUGCUUGAACAACUUACUGGACAAUCGCCGGUCUAUUCUAAAGCAAGAUAUACUGUUAGAUCUUUUGGAAUUAGACGUAAUGAAAAAAUUGCCGUUCAUGUGACAGUUAGAGGUCCAAAAGCCGAAGAAAUUUUGGAAAGAGGAUUAAAAGUUAAGGAAUAUGAAUUGAAAAAAAGUAAUUUUUCACAAACUGGAAAUUUUGGUUUUGGCAUUCAAGAACAUAUUGAUUUGGGUAUCAAAUAUGAUCCUUCAAUUGGUAUUUAUGGAAUGGAUUUUUAUGUGGUAAUGGGCAGACCUGGUAAUAGAGUUUCAAAAAGAAGAAGAGCACAAACAAAAGUUGGAUCUUCACAUAAAGUAAACAAAGACGAGUCUAUUAAAUGGUUUAAACAAAGAUUUGAUGGUAUUGUAAUCAUGCAUCGUUAA